AUGCUUGAUACGCUUGAGAUGCUUGUCUUACUUGACAUACUUGACUUACUUGAAGAACUUGAUUUACUUGAGAUUCUCGUCUUACUUGAGAUUCUUGUCUUGCUUGAGACGCUUGACUUACUUGACAUGCUUGACCUACUUGACAUGCUUGACUUACUUGAAGAACUUGAUUUACUUGAGAUUCUCGUCUUACUUGAGAUUCUUGUCUUGCUUGAGACGCUUGACUUACUUGACAUGCUUGACCUACUUGAGGUGCUUGACUUACUUGAGAUUCUUGUCUUACUUGAGUUUCUUGUCUUGCUUCAGACGCUUGACUUACUUGAGGUGCUUGACUUACUUGACAUGCUUGACCUACUUGAGGUGCUUGUCCUACUUGACAUGCUUGACGUACUUGAGGUGCCUGUCUUACUUGAGAUUCUCGUCUUACUUGAGCCGCUUGACUUACUUGAGAUUCUUGUCUUACUUGAGAUGCGUGACCUACUUGAGAUGCUUUGCUUACUUGGGGUUCUUUGCCUACUUGAGGUUCUUGACGUACUUGAGGUUACUUGA